AUGACUGUGGCUGAAUAUGCAGCCAAGUUUAAGGAGCUGGUGAGGUACUUUCCCCAUUAUCAAGGGAGAGAUGGUGAGAGUUCCAAGUGUGUAAAGUUUUUGAAUGUCUUGCGACCUGAAGUGAAGCAAGUUGUGAAUUACCAAGGUGUUCGUCAGUUCCCACUUUUGGUUAACAUGUGUCGGAUUUGGGAUGAAGACUCCCGAGACAGGGCGGCCUAUUAUAGGAGUACAGCUCCAAUGAGGAACAAAAAGAAUGGGCCUCAACAUCGAGGAAAACCAUAUUUGACUCCUCCUAAGCAACAUGGUAACCGCCAUGGCAAUCAGAGGAUUGUUUCUAGGGGAUUUGCAGGUGGCAACGGUAGCAAACCCAAUACUUUCUCCACUCAUAUCAUUUGUUACAGAUGUGGUAAGCCAGGGCACAUCUCCUCGAAUUGUCCCGAUAUAGGCGUAACAUGUUUUAAUUGUGGUGCAUAA